AUGGGUGGCUUACCAGCAUCAGUAAAUAAUGAUGGUAAAGUUUGGGCAUCUGGAUCAUUUAGCUUUCAUGUAACAUGCUUAUUUGAUUUUACUAAUUAUCCAUAUGAUGAACAGGAAUGUCCUAUUGUAAUUGCUGAUUGGAUCUAUGAUCUUUCAAAGGUGAAUUUAUCAGAUCCAUCUGGAAAUGUAGAUUCGAAUAAACCAGCAAUUAAACUUAGUUAUGAUCCACUUGAUAAUGCCAAUACGAAACGUCAGGUUGCAGGUUGUUGGGAAGUAAAAGAUACAUGGCGUCGUCAGUGCUAUUGGGGACCAGCAGGUUGUAAUGAUGAGCCACCAGAUAGUCAGCCAGAAUGGUUCUGGUCACUGAUCGAAUUUGGUGUUCGAAUUAAGCGUAAUGUACCGUAUUUUGGUCUAACAAUUAUCUUACCAACUAUUAUUACUUGUAUUUUGACAUUGAUCAUUUUUUGGAUUGAUACAAUGUCAUUAGCAAUUGCUACAGCAGUUAUGAAUAUACUCUUACAAGGAUUGUAUAGUUGGGAAUUUAUUAAAAAUUUACCACCAGGAAGUGGUGGUGUACCAAAAAUAGUGUUAUUUUAUGGUCUAAAUCUAUCAUUAACAGGAAUAGCAUUUAUGUUACACGUUAUUAGCGCUUAUUUGGUAUAUAUUUUACCGGAAAAUUUAGAACUACCAUUUCGGUUAACUGAUAUAACUGAGCGAUUGAAACAAAUGAGGCCAUUCAAAGUUGAAGGAUUUUCAUUCGAUCCUCAAAAAUAA